CGGAGACCCGCCAGACCAAGGGAACAAUGGAGGCUUUAGCAGCCCUCGGGCUGGCUGGCAACGUCGUCCAGUUCAUACAUUUCGCUUCUGGGCUUCUGUCUACGGGAUCAGAGGUCUAUAAAUCGGCUAGUGGUGCCUCCGAGAAGACCUUUGAGCUGGAGAAAAUCUACGAAAGAUUCCGCGAGCUUAGUUCAAGCCUAAGCAACCAUGACACCACUGAUGGUAGAGGACCAUCGCGAGGCCUUUUUGCCACCGCUCGCAUGCCUCAAUAUCUAUCAAUCCACAUAGACGCUUUAAAGGGUUUAGGAAAAGAGAGCAAGGAUCUAUGCGACCAGAUCUUAGAGACGCUUCGAAAAGUGAAGGUACAGGGCGGGCGGUGGCGACGCUUCCGAAGCUUUAUGGCAGCUUUGGAGGCAGCUUGGGACAGUCAAAAGAUCGCCGACUUGGAAUCCCGCCUGGAGCGGUUCCAGAAAAUGAUUUCGUUUCAUUUCUUUCCUAUAUUCAGCGAGCAACAGUCUACUGUCCUGAAGAUAGUGGCUACGCUUAAAGACGAGAGCUCAAUCUUGAGGGUCGAUCAACACUCCAAACUUGACGCCAUCUCGAAAACACUCCAGGAUUUGACAUCCAAAAUGAACGGAAUCAGUGAGCAGCUUUCGACGAACCCGUCCAAUCCCGUGCGUUCAACGCCCGCAGAAGCUUUCUCGUUAAAAGCUUGGGACGCCUUUCAGCAAAGCCCGUCUUCGGCAUUGACAUUGGAGCAACUUGACAUGUUGUCUACCGAACUAUCAAAACUUGAUCUUACAGAGAAAGAAAUUGCAGUUGUCGCAAGGGAGCAAGUCUUUCUUAGAAGCCUCCACUUUCCUUCACGUCCGGUGCGCCACGACAAUCUUCCUCCCGCCCACGAGAAGACGUUCCAAUGGAUGCUAGACCCGCCUGAAGUCUCAGAGGGAGAGCAUGACCAUCAAUACCCCCAAUGGCUGAAAAGCGGAAAUGGAAUAUUCUGGGUUUCCGGUAAACCCGGAUCCGGAAAAUCCACUCUGAUGAAGUUUCUCGCAGACCAUGAAACGACCAAAUCAUUGCUUGAAAAGUGGGCAGGCGGAGUGAAAUUGGUUAUUGCGGCGCAUUACUUCUGGAGCGCAGGCACACCAAUGCAGAAGUCUUACGAAGGCCUAUUCCAGACUCUGAUUUACGAUGUGUUGCGUGUCUGCCCGAUGCUCAUCCCUCAAGUGUGUCCGGCUCGCUGGGCAGAGACAAACCCAGUGAGGAAUGAUGAUCCUACUCAGUGGACCACAUCCGAGCUGCUUACAACGUUGAAAACACUUUCCAGCCAUUUAAGCCUGAAUAUCCGAUACUGUUUCUUUAUAGAUGGGAUUGACGAAUUCGACGGCGAUCAUCUCAAACUUUGCGACAUUCUCGAGGGUCUUUCUCAAUCACCAAACAUAAAACUGUGUAUCGCCAGCCGACCAUGGAACGUCUUUGUCGACGCAUUUGGCAAUCAUUUAUUGCAGAAAAUCUACAUGGAAGAUCUCACACGUGACGACAUUCGGAGGUAUACACGAAGUCGACUGACCGAGCACAAACGAUGGAAUCUCCCUCUUUUUAGGGCCGAUGACAAACAAUCUAUCAUCGAUGAUAUCAGUGACAAGGCCCAAGGCGUGUUCUUAUGGGUGUUUCUGGUCACGAAGUCUCUCCGAGACGGCCUAACAAACGGAGACUCGAUACAUGACCUGCGUAAAAGGCUAGACAGUCUGCCAGUCGAUCUCGAACGUUUUUUCAAACACAUACUAGAGGCGGUCGAUCCAAUCUACCACGAGAAGACAUCCGCUUUUCUAAGCAUAGCCGUUAAUGCCCGGCAGCCGCUUCAUUUUCUCUUCUACAGCAUGCACGAAUGCGAGCAUGAGGAUGAAGAUUAUGCUGUGAAGAUGCCCGUGUCUCAACUCUAUCAAGACCAGUUCAACGCUAUGCAAGACGAGUGUCGACGACGUGUGAACGCUAGAUGUGGAGGUCUAUUGAGCAUCAAAGUUGGUCACGUCGAAUUUCUUCAUCGAACGGUGCGAGACUUUUUGCUCACUCGUGAGAUGAGCAGCUAUAUCAGCGCGAAGACGAGGCCUGGGUUCUCGGCAAAUAUUUCAACACUCAAGGCUUCCCUGGCAGUCCUGAAAUGCAGUCCCGAGACAAUUUCCAGGAUCUCAGUAGCACCCGGCCUCUUGGAAGAAGCGAUGUAUUAUGCGAAUGAAGUGCUGGAAGAUUCUGAGGACGUUGGGUUUGAGCUGCUCGAGAGACUCGAACAUCUGUAUCUGCCGCCUGAAUGGGGUAUUCCGGACCUCCGAUUUCGGGAGGCACUGCUACGCGCUGGGGUCGAAAAGUACAUUGAAAGGAAGCUUGAGGAAACCUUGGAAUACUUUGAUAACUUAUCCGAGCUGCCAUUGGAUAUAGUUGUGAAACAGCCUAAGUGGACAGCAAGACAUGUGCGGACAAUCCGCCAUUUGCUAGAACAUGGACAGAAUCCCAACGCCUCGAAACCCCAAUCGUUUCCACAAGACACCUCGUGGUCGUCCUUCAUUCAGCGCUCAUGCAAAAACGAACACAACGAUAAAUUUCAGAUUGCUAUAGAAAUGGGGCUCUUUUCCUCGUUCCUGGACCACGGGGCUCAGAAAAGUGCUGCAUACAGGUCUUUCGUGCACGCUCUUUUCUUCUAUCCUCUAAAAACGCCUACCAUGUGCCUUGAGGUACUCGACCAACUUAUUGUCUCACCUAAGGAUGGAAUGAGGUAUGGGAUCAUGCUUACGGCCAACAGCACGGAUCGAAUGAGUUAUAGAAUUCUGCUCAAGGCCAUCGGCACAGAGCUUCAAGGCCUGGAAGAUCGGUCAAGAAGCUUGCAGAAGCUCAAAUUCAUGGCAACGAUUGUUGAGAGAGUCGUUAGGACGGGGGCAUCACUAGGUUUCUAUAUGGAAUAUCUCGUUCCUGACAUAACCAGAGCAUUUCCGGGCGCACUUGGACAACGCAUAUCGGAGCUUCUCAUGACAAAAGCUGAUGGCCAUGAACCUGGAAGUCGCAAAAGGAAGGCCAAUGACGACGUGGCGGAAAGUGAGACGAAGCGUUCUGGCCGGGACCUACCUCUCAACACUAUCGCGGGAAGCACAGCCGAGGACGCCAUCAACCUUGAUGAUGAAGAUGCAGUCCUUCUCAACACUACCGCAGGAAGCACGCCCAAGAACGCCAUUAACCUUGAUGAUAAAGAUGCAGUCGGCAUCUCCGUUGCUGAAGCUGCAAUGGCCCUCGGUGACUUACUCAAAAGAGAUGCCCAUAGCACCCCCGAGGACGCCAUCAACCUUGAAGAUGCAGAUGCAUCCGCUGUAGCAGCAGUAAUGCCCCUAGGUUACUUGCUCAAAAGAGAUGGCCAUCGGCGCAGUACCCGAUGGUAGCCAGCUCGCUCCGUGGGUGGCAAUGCAGAUCAAGACCGAACGGCAUUAUCUUCAGGUCUUCCAAUAUUCCAA